ACUUUCGAAGAGUUCACAAGUAGCUCAGAACCUAAAGAUUUGGGGUCUUUUUCCUUAGGUGAAAUCUACAUCUCCCUCUUCUUUCUUCCUUUCCUCUUUUUAUCAUUGAAGGAUAUUCCUAUGAAAAGAUCUAGUUUUCCAAGCCAAAGCAACAAUAGUCCCCCACACACACUUCUACUCCAUCUUAUAAUAAAUUUUGCUAGAUAAAAAGGCUGUUUGGUUUUUCUUUGCUUGAAAUGAGAAGUGUCACUUUGAAGAAUUUAAUGUUUAGGAAAUGGGGAAAUUAAUACUUGAGGGACUCUCACUCUUUGAGAAACUGGAUCAAGGACUUUCAGAAACCUAAAGUAAACGCAAUGACAAAUGAUGACUACUUUUAUACUUUCAGUCCCUUAGCUCUGUAUCUCUGUCCCUACAUAAGAUAGGUCUCUGACCAUGUUUUUUCUUGGUGUCCUUCAUGCUGUAGAAUGACUUUCUUUGAUGGUUGUCCUUUUGUGCAGAUGAAUGACAUCACUCCCAAAUGACAUCAAUGGAGAACAGAUCUGAAGUGAGUGAAUUCAUCCUCCUAGGAUUAACAGAUGUUCCAGAGCUUCAGGUUCCUCUCUUCAUCAUGUUCACCCUCAUCUACCUCAUCACCCUGGUAGGGAACCUGGGAAUGAUAGCUCUGAUUUCCUGGGAUCCUCGCCUCCACACCCCCAUGUACUUCUUCCUCAGUAACCUCUCCCUGGUGGAUUUUGGCUACUCCUCUGCUGUUACUCCCAAGGUGAUGGCUGGGCUCCUCACAGGGGACAAGACCAUUUCCUACAAGGGAUGUGCAACACAAUUGUUCUUCUUUGCGAACUUUGGGGUUGCUGAAAGUUUCCUCUUAGCCUGCAUGGCCUAUGAUCGCCAUGCAGCUGUGUGUAAGCCCUUACAUUAUACCACUACCAUGACUUCAACAGUGUGUGCAUUUUUGGUCAGUAGUGUCCACAUCUGUAGCCUUUUGGCUUCUUCCAUAGGCAUAGGAACCAUAUUCAGACUUUCCUUUUGUAGUUCUAAUGUAGUCCAUCACUUUUUCUGUGAUGUUGCCCCUCUCCUAGUUCUCUCUUGUUCUGACACUCACAACACUGAGUUACUAUUUUAUAUCAUAGGACUAUUAACUGUCUUUUCCCCAUUUCUUGUCGUCUUUACUUCUUAUUUGCUAAUCUUCAUCACCAUCCUGAAGAUCCAUUCCGCUGAAGGCCGACAGAAAGCCUUCUCUACUUGUACUUCCCAUCUCACAGCAGUGUCUAUAUUUUAUGGGACAAUCAUCUUCAUGUAUUUCCAGCCUAGUUCAAACCAUUCAAUGGACUCAGACAAAAUUGCAUCAGUAUUCUACACCAUGGUCAUCCCUAUGCUGAACCCUCUGGUUUAUAGUCUUAGGAACAAAGAUGUGAAAAAUGCUUUCAGAAAAGCUUUGAGGGGACCAGAACUUCAAUUAGAUCAUCUUUUUUCAUAGAGAAAAUCCAUUGUGUAUCUUCCACACUCUGGG